AUGGCGGCUAUUGGCGGUCCAGGAGUUUUGCUUCAGCUACAGAGUAUUUUUACCAAACGUCUUCCACAGAGGUGCCAGGAAGUGGAAGAUCUCAUCAGAAAAACAAGCAUAAAAGAACUGAAAAAUUGCUUGCCUUACAUUGUGGAGAGUAUAUUUGGCUAUGGUGCAGAGCUAGGUUGGGAUUUGGACAAAAUAUCCAAGUAUCAGAAUCCGCAUGAGUUCCACGCAGUCCGGCGCUUCCUGGCACCUGAGAGUCAGUUUCUGAAUCUUAUCUACAACCUGCAGGCCGACACUUACCUACAAUAUGAAUUUCAACUCAACCACCUGCCUGCUCCAUCAAGACACUUGAUAGAAGAAGGAGCAAUUCCUAUGUUUUACAUCAACAAGCUUCGUCAAGAUGGAUUUGGUCAAACAUACUUAGCACUAGGUGCCUUUGAGUACUUCAUGUUCCACUUUGCGUACUACGUGGUGAACCCAUCUCUGCAAUCUCCCAUCAGCUGGGUCAACUUCUACGACUACUUGUACCCGAAUCUCGUCGAUGACUACAUGCACUACUUCCUCCCCCUCGACAAGAAGAUGCUGCCUCCAAUGCCGCACAUGCCAACUUCUGUGAGAUGCCCAGCAGCGCAGUACACUAUCCCUGGUGGUCUGCCACCAAGUCGCACAAGCCCUAGUCCACAGCACCAGCGGACGCGCCCCACUCUGUUUAAAACGAGCUUCACGGCCAUGCAGAAACAGCACGUCCAGGGCUCUCCUGUCUUAGAACAGGGAGAAGCAGAGACAUGGCGUUCCGAAACAAUGCUGCAGGUGUUUGCUGAGUUUUGGCUCAACCAGAAUUCUUAUGAAAUUGGACGGCUUGCAGUUUUCUCUCAGGCCUCUGUGUACUCGACGCGAUACGUAUAUGAGAGAGAUCCCUUUUACUACUUGUUUGAGCACUUUAUGCCGACUCAGAACCAUGCGAAGAUUGUUCGGUGUCUCAUCAAGUACUUACAUUACUUCAUCAACAGUGCAUCCGAUGUGAUUACCUCGCCUUACCAUCACUCUGUGCCAUCACCUUUAGAUGUCUUUAAAAGGACUACUGUGCCACAAAUUAUUCAGAAGAAAUUGUAUGCUUUUCUGAGACAUGCAUUUGAUAAAUGGCCCCUGGAUUCUUCCUUCAAAUGGGUUUUGGAAGCGUGGUUAAGUUAUAUUCAGCCCUGGCGGUAUGUCGAUCCCCGGCAACUACUGGCAGGGAAAGAGCAUGAUGCGUAUUACACAACACAGGAGAAACGGGUUGAUGACAAAUGGGACCAGUUUAUCGAGGAUAACCUGCUGUUUUACACGGUACUCUUCCAAAGAUUCCUGCCUCGGGUCUACCGGUUCGAUCUCACCUCCUACCAAAGUGCCAACAUGCUGUUCCGAGUCACAAAGGUGCUAAGUUUGCCAAAUCUUGCUGGAUUAAUCUUCAAAGCUGAAAGGGAAAUGUUUGGGUCGUCAUUUCACCCGUCACACCUGUCGAUGUCGACCGACAUUGGAAACAGCUACCUGUCAACAAUGCCACCGGUCACCAUGCCACUGCCGCCACAACUCAUUGAUUUUGAACAGCCUAGUUUUCAGUAUCAACCCAUGUUUGGAGAAGUGAUGAGUAGAACAAUUCAAGAUCUAAUUCAGCUGAUAAUGCAAGCGUAUCAUACGGUACAGGUCAGACAGCUGACCGCCAAGCCGAAGGGAUCCGGUUUCUUCAGUUGGUUGUCGGAUGUGUUCGCAGAAUCGAAUCCCUUUGCCAGUAUCAGCUCUCUGGAACAGAAGAGAACCGUGCAACAUCUUCAGAUGUCCAUGAAAAACUUUGCAGAAAUUUUUAAGCUUCCCCUGCCUGCCCCGGUGGAUUGUGACCUGACAUUUGACCCAGACACGUCCUCUCAGACGUCCUACCUACAUGAGCCCGAGAUGCCAGACAGUGUGGAAACCGAACACGGACCGGAGCUGACUGAUCUCGGAAAAUACCAGAUAAUAAACGGACUGAGGAAGUUUGACAUAUCUUUGAGUGGUGAUCCUGACCUCCAGCCGGUGAAAAGCUAUGAAAAUGCUGUCCUAGUCAGAAUGUUACACCAGUUUUGUUCCUUUGUCAAUUUUCAGUUUGGUGAGAACAUCAAGGAGUUGUACAACAGACAGGACCUGGUUGGGGGUCUGGCCAAAGUGUUCUUCUCACCUCCCAUUGCUCCGUGCCACAAGAUAACUUCUCCCAUUUCAAAACAAACGGCCGAAGUACUCAGGCAGCCGAGAUUGAGCCUGCGCUUUCUAGCAAGUUACUCGACAAUUAUGUAUCUAACAUUGCUCUUCCUGUUCCUGCGCUUCUGGAUUGGCAUAGGACCUGUGAGAUUUCUCUUUCUGCUCGUCAUAUUGGUAAUGUUUUAUGGACUGAUUGCGGCAAUUGUGAGGACUAACAGUGUAAAACAGGACUAAAUUUCAGCAAUAUACAGUUUAAUCCUGUUGGUUCGAACCCCGUCUGUGUUCGAGAAAGUGUUCGACCCAUCGGACAGUUCGACCUAACAUUCGGUCAACAUCGUGUAAAUGUAACUCAAGACUUCGUUGUUGGUUCGAGCAUUUCGGUGUAUUUGACCCUUCCAAGUUCGACCCAACGAGAUUCUACUGUGAAACAAGACAAAAGUUGACUAAAUUGUGAAAUGGGACUAUUUCAGUAAUAUUUGUGAAACAUGACAAAAUUUGAAACAGAACUAAAUUUCAUUCAUAUAAGUGAAAUAGGAUACAUUUUUCUUAUUAUUUGUGAAACGGGACAAAAUGCCAUCAGUAUGUGUGGAACACGACUAAACUGCAUCAACAUUUGUCAAACGGGACUCCCAUAAUUUAUUUAAGUAAUCACUUUUUCAUUAUGUAUUACAUAACUGGACAUGGAGAUCUUUAUUUAUGAAACAAUUAAAUUUCUUCAGUGUAUGUGUGCAAGGACUAUCGGUGGAACAGAACUUUUUUAGAGUCCAGAGUCAGUCUCUAAUGACGUCACAUUCAUACAAUUUGUAUGGCGUUGUUAUGACGUUAGCAUCUCAAGACUCUAUUAGUCUCGAGUCUUAGACUCUUAAAAGUUUUAUAAGCACCAGGCCAGGACUAAAUGACAGCAGCGACAGUGAAACAGUAGUAUUUAGGAUACUAUUGUUUGGGUCCUGAUGAAAAUUAUCCAUUUAUUGUUGGUCAUGCAAGCUUUGGUCCAAAUGCCAGUACUCUGUGAUAGAUAUUUAGAUGGUUCACUUGAAAGUAAACACACUAGGGGCCCUAAUUCACUAAACUUUUGUAAAUUUGCUAUACCAUAGUACAAUGUAAAAAUACAUGGAUGAUUGUGUUGCAUUGCUGCUGCAUGGAACUGACAAGUGUCUUCCAUUCCUCAACUACUGCUUGUCAAAGUUCAUUGGCAUUAGACAGCAGGUUGGGUCGACGCCUUACAUGUCUGUGUAGACUAUCCCAAACGUUGUAAGUCACUGGUAUGUCCUGUCUAAUGAAAUCGUGUCCGGAAAUUCCGAAUAGCAUGGCUAGAGUACCCAACAGAUGUUCCAACCACUUUUGUUGACAUACCACCAUCAAGCAUGCUGAUAGUAUGUUCACGGAAAUUACAAAAAUUACCAAAUUUUAUGUUUUAUUCUCAUUGACUACAAAGUUGAACUGAUAAAAAAACGACUUCAAAACAUGUGGAACAUGUUAGCCAUGCUUUCACAUGAAAAUCAACUUGUACAGUGAGUAAAAUUGAUAAUUCUAACUCAUUAUUUUCAAUGACAAAUAAUUAAAUUUCUGUUACAAAACAACAUCAUCCCAUUGGUCCAGACGUAGCAACGGGCGUUUAUUAAAUUCUCAAUGAAUGUAAAAAUUACAUUGUUAGGGAACAUCAUAUCAUAUCAUGUUAUG